GAGGUGGAGUAUUAUAAACAAGCCCUGCCCGUCGCCACCCUGCAGAGAUUUGAUCAGAGAUUUUGCUGAGUAAUGGCCGAAGCACCGACGACGGGUGGAGAGGUCCUCACUCCAAGCGAUGCCGUCAAAGUAUUGGAGGAGCUACUACCAGCACAGAACCAGUCCUUCGAACUGGGCCUGAAGCUGAAUCUAGAGCCACAUCAAGUUGAGGGCAUCCAUUCAACAUACUCCGAGCCAGCAAAGCGCCUCCUCCGAGUCGUCAUGACGUUCCUGAACCAAGUAGAGCCCAGACCAACCUGGAGAGUCAUUGCAGAUGCUCUCAAAAGUCCUGCAGUCAAUCUUCUUCAGCUAGCAAUGGCUGUGGAGGCAGCUCACUUUCCUGACACUACACCACAGCUACCUGAAGCCAGUGGUAGAAGUGUUUGAGAUUCUCUCUCUCUCUCUCUCUCUCUCUCUCUCUCUCUCAGCAUACACGUAAUAGGGGGGAAAGGGGGGAGGGGGUUGGUCUAUAGUUUUCUGUUCCUGAAACACCAAAUGUUGAAGGAGUUGAUGAGGGCUGCUCUCGUUACCCAUCGCAGUAGUUGCUUCAACUCCUCCUCUGCCACUCCUAGCAUGUCCUCUCUCUCUCUCUCUCUCUCUCUCUCUCUCUCUCUCUCUCUCUCUCUCUCUCUCUCUCUCUCUCUCUCUCUCUCUCUCUCUGUGUGUGUUUCAGUCUCUUCCUCUCAGAGUCUGGCCACCUCCUCUCAACCAGGCCUCUCCUCACCUCUCCAUGUUUCCACAGGUUCUGGAGCCUCACCACUCACUGAAGUGGAGUAUCAGCCAGACUUACCACAACCAACAACUGGGGAUACAGUGACUGAACUCCAGCAUCGACCAGAGUCACCUCAGCCUAGUCCAAUGACCACUCAGUAUGUCCAGGCCAAGAUUAGAAGGUUUGAGAAGAGGUUCAAUGACCUGAAGAAGGCUGCCAGGGGGUGCCUUGAGAGACGCAAGAUUUCUGUCAAGCAAGUUGUGGAUGCUCUCACAUCAAUGCCUGCAGAUGACAUUGAGGAACACGAACUGUUUCUGAAAGACAAUCUGAGCGAUCUCUACCAGUCUUUUGACAUUUCAGAGCUGAUUGGAAAGUUGAGCCUACUGCAGUGGAACUACCUGUCCUACCAGUUGCUGGACUAUCUGAUCAAGGAGUUUGGUUUGGGGGUGGGGAGGGAGAUGGAGGCCUACAAGCUAGAUCUGCAGAGGUUCCGCCAGAAGACACCACUAGCUCUGUUCUGUCAGUCUCAGAAGAGGAGGAGAAGGAAGCCGUCUGAGGAAUUCAAGGAGAUGGUCGCCGAGUUUGACUGGCCACACGAAGUUACACUGGAAGUUGUGGAGCAGUUUCGACAAGAGUAUGCCUAUCACUACAAGCUUCGAGACUGUGCCAUGAUAGUAGCUGAGAUCCGUCCCGGCUCUUUCAUCAUCACCUGGUUCAUACCAGAGUCCAUUGUCAAGAAACUGAGAGAAAACAUACCUCACCACAUCCUCAAGAAGUAUACUGCCGUUAGCCUUGAAAUUGCAGGAGUCAAAGUUUAUCCACCUCCUCAGCAGAAGUCAGCAGCAGUCUCGUCACCUUGUCCUGGACCUUCAGCUGGUGGUGCCGCUGCUUCUGUUGAGAAAUCACCUCCUCAAUCCAAGACAGAGGAGUUCCAUCUCUCACCAGAAGAGGAUUACCCCUUCGUGGAGAAGCCAUCAGAGGAUUUCUUCUGUCCGGUGACAUUGGGUCUACUGCUCCAGCCUCAGCUCACGUCAUGCUGUGGUAAACAUCUCUCAGAGGAGUCUGCCACCAGAAUACAGAGAGAUGGAGGACCAUGUCCACUCUGCAAGUCUCCUGACUGGAGUACCGUUCUGAACAAACACCUCAGUCGACAAGUGAAGGAGCUUCAUGUGUUCUGUCGUCACAAGGAGAAAUGCUGUUGGUGGAAAGGAGAGUUGUCUGACUUUAUACAACAUGUCCAGUCUUGCAAGUUCAGAUAUCUACAAGUCUCUACCAAGGGAAGAACAGAGCUCCACGAUGCUGCUGAGAGAGGAGAUGUGGAGGCAGUUGAGAGACUCCUCUCCACUUCUGUCAAUAUCAACUCCAGGACUGAGAAUAAAGGACACACUGCUCUACUGUUAGCCUCUUACCUAGGUCAUGUUGAGGUUGUAUGUCUCUGGCUCAAGGCUGGGGCUGCAGUCUUCAUUCCUGACAAGUGUCGCAGGACUCCACUGUACUGGGCUUCAAUCAGAGGUCACAGAGCAGUAGUUGAGCUACUGCUAGAGAAUGGGGCUGAUGUCAGCAUAUGCAGUGAGAAUGGUCUCAGUCCACUCUAUGUUGCCAGUCAAGAGGGAUACUCUGAGGUGGUGGAUGUUCUGGUGAAAGCAGGAGCUGAUGUCAACCAGGCUGGGACCAAGGAGCCAUGCAGUGUUCCUCUGGGGGUAGCUGCUGAGCAUGGACAUACUGAGACAGUUCAGAGACUGUUGGAGGCAGGAGCCAACGUCAAUCACAAGAACAAGAAUGGUGAUACUCCAGUCAACAUUGCGUCCUGGAAGGGUCAUACAGCUGUAGUUAAACUGCUGAUAGAGAAUGGAGCUGACAUCAGUAUCUGUGAUAAGAUUGGUGGCAGUCCACUCUAUGCUGCCAGUCAAGAGGGACACUCUGAUGUAGUGGACAUUCUGCUGGAGGCUGGUGCUGAUGUCCACCAGGCCACCACCGAGAAUGGUGAUGUUCCUCUGGGGAUAGCUGCCCAGAAGGGACAUACUGAGACAGUUCAGAGACUGUUGGAGGCAGGAGCCAACGUCAACCACCAGAACAAGAGUGGAGGCACAGCCUUGCUCUAUGCAGGAUGGGAUGGUCACUCAGAGGUGGUGAAACUACUGCUAGGAGCUGGAGCCAGAGACUUUCCUGAUAAGGAUGGAGACACUGCUCUGAGUAUGGCCAGAGCCAACAACCACAACGAUGUGGUACAGUAUCUACUGCAACACAAGCCAAAGUGAAAAGUAGACACUCUAGCUAGCACUGUUAGAAGCACAUACACUGCAUAUCUUUUACAUAAGAUAUUUAUGUUCAUAUUUGACUCUUUAGAAUUGUGUUUAAAUUGGUAUGUAGAUGGAA